AAGGAGAAUGGGACAACAUCAACUCAUCAAGAAAUGGCAAUGGCAUACUCUUCAUCUUUCACCUCAUUUCCAUACACAAAACCACACACCCCAUCACCCUUAACCACAACCACAAAACCAUGGCUGCUGCCAGGCAGUGGCAGUCGUCAUGGGGGUCGGUUUUGUUUCUCCGUUAAAGCGGAGAAAUCACCCGAGUCUGCUGAUCCAUCUCCAGCUGCAACUGCUACUGAAACUCCUGCUGUUAAACCACUACCAAAGAAACCUGUUUAUUCCAUGAAAAAAGGACAGAUUGUUAGAGUAGACAAGGAAAAGUAUUUAAACAGCAUCAAUUAUCUAUCUGUUGGACAUCCACCUUAUUAUAAAGGACUGGACUACAUAUACGAAGACCGUGGGGAGGUGUUGGAUAUUCGUAUCUUCGAAACUGGAGAGUAUGCACUUAUUGCAUGGGUCGGGGUCCCAACCGCACCAGCUUGGCUUCCUACCGACAUGCUAAUCAAGUCUGACAAGCUCGAUUAUGAAAGAAUAUGAGCCAAAUCCACAGCUUCAAGAAACGAGCAUGCAAAUGGAUGGAUCUCGCUAUACGCUCUGUAAUUUGACUUUUAGUCAAACCCUUGAUGAUUUAACUCAUUGGCUAAAUCAUGAAAUGAAGUGAAUACUUGCAAUUACUUCUUUGUUUCUAAGUUCUAAUCGUCAACUCUUUUCGGAUUUGCUCGUUUGCGCAUGUUUACAAUGUUCGAAUUUUCUAUAGCAAAUUUCU